UUGAUUGUAGGUCGCCAUUGUUAUUGAAGUUAGGAAAAUGGAGAUGAGUAUCUUUCAUUAGAUUUUAACGUUACCAUUCAGUAGCAAAUAUCCGAAUUUGUCACACUUAUAUUCCAUAUCUACUAUUCAACAUAAUCAAGUAUGGAACCUAGAGGUAAAGGUCGUGCCAGAGGCAGAGCAAGGGGUGCCGUACAGCAAGGUGGGCAACAGGGGCCUAGGCCUGGACCAGCCCGAGGACCCGCUGGACCACCUCCUCAAGCACCUGGUCAGCAAGUUCCUUGGGGCAGACCACCUGCUCCCCAAGCACAACCCCCUCCAGUACAAGCAGCUCCAGGUUGGGUGAGGCCACAGAUGCAAGCUCCACCAGCACCUCUGGUUGGACGUGGUUCUCGGCAAGGGGCAGGAGGCGGUGGAGACACAGAAGCUAUCGUAGAGCAACAGAGAGUGUUGCAAGGAGCAGCGGAAGGAAGUGGAACUCAAGAUAAAAGCCGUGGUGCCGGGAAUGGAGGAGUCCGUGGUAGAACAACAAUUCGUGGAGAAAUUACUCGCACCAGACCGGCGACUCUUGAGUCGAAACAAGGAAGUUCUGGGCAGCAGAUUCAGCUAAGCGCGAAUUACUUCGCCCUUAUACAAGCCGGCAAGUGGAGCCUUAACCAGUACCGGGUAGAUUUCAACCCAGAAAUUGAUCAUACUGGACAAAAGAAGGCUCUGCUUCGCACCGGCCUGCAAAACGUUCAGAUACUUGGAUAUCUAUUCGACGGGACAGUAUUAUAUACGACAACUCGUAUUCAGCCAGAUCCGUUGGAAGUGUUUGUACAAACCGCCAACGGUGAAAAUGUCAGGAUAACCAUUCGAUUGGUAGGAGACGUGGCCUGGACUGACAACCAUUAUAUCCAACUAUUUAAUAUUAUAAUCAGAAAAUGCCUGACUUAUAUGCAGUUCCAGUUGGUCGGCAGGAAUUACUUCGACCCAAAUGCAAGGAUAAGCCUACCCGAGCACAAAAUGGAACUGUGGCCCGGAUACUACACGUCUAUGCGCCAACACGAAAGAGACAUUCUGAUGAACUGCGAUGUUCAGUUCAAAGUGAUGCGCAUGGACAACGUUUACGACAUGUUAUUGGAAUGUCGUGGAGCCAACAUGAGAAAAGAGUUCCAGUCGAAGAUCAUCGGCAGCAUAGUACUUACCUACUACAACAACAAGACGUACAGAAUCGACGAUGUUGAUUUUUCGAAGACUCCGGAAAGUACUUUCACGAUGCGUGACGGUUCGCAGAUGUCAUUCAUACAAUAUUGCAACCAGAAGUAUAACAUCAACGUCCAAGUAAAGGAUCAGCCGAUGUUGGUAUCGAGAAGCAAACCGAGGGAGAUAAGAGCCGGCAUGCCGGAAACUGUGCUAUUGGUACCGGAACUGUGUCAGUUGACCGGGUUGACUGAUAGGCAGCGCGAAAAUUUCCAUUUAAUGAGAGCAUUAGCCGAUCACACCCGUGUCGGUCCGCAGGGUCGUAUCGAAAAACUGAUGGAGUUCAGUCGCAGAAUGAGAAACUCCCAGGAUUGUAUGAAUGAGAUAAGAAGAUGGGAUUUGAAUGUUGCCGAUUCCUUGGUGAGAUUCACGGGCAGAGUAUUACCACCGGAGACCAUAGUGGGAGGAAACAACGCCAAAUAUUCAGCAGGAAAUCAAGCAGAUUGGACCAAAGAAUUAAGAGCUCUUCCUAUGUUUGUACCUGGAGUGAUGCAAAAGUUUGCCAUCAUCUGCCCUUCGAAAUUCAAGGGACCUUGCCAAGAGUUUGUACAGUGUCUCCAGCGUUCGGCUAGGGGCAUGAGCUGGGACAUAGGUCAGCCCAGGAUUUUUGAUAUUCCAGAUGAUCGAUCACAGACAUAUUUAGAUCAAAUGGAGAAUAUAAUAACGAAAAACAACCCUCAUAUGAUAAUGUGUGUUGUACCAAACGCCUCACAAGAUCGGUACUCGGCAAUUAAAAAGAAGGGAUGCGUUGACCGUGGAGUACCCACACAAGUCAUACUCGCAAAGAAUUUGUCUUCAAAAGGUGUAAUGUCCAUCGCUACCAAGGUUGCCAUUCAAUUGAAUUGUAAAAUCGGCGGUGCACCCUGGACGGUAAUCUUGCCUUUGUCCAACCUAAUGAUUGUCGGAUACGACGUUUGCCGAGACACGGCCAACAAGGGCAGAAGUUUCGGAGGUAUGGUGGCUUCUCUCGACAGGCAGGCCACCCGCUACUACAGCUAUACCACCGAACAUAAGUUCGAAGAGGAGUUAUCUGAUAACUUUGCAGCUUUCUUGCUCCUAGCGUGUCAACGUUUUAAGGACACCAGUGGCAGGUAUCCGGAGCGCAUAUUAAUCUAUAGAGACGGUGUGGGUGACGGACAGUUACAGUAUGUUUACGAGCACGAAGUCGUAAACAUUAAAAGGAAAUUGACGGAGGAGAUCUAUAAGAAUAACGAUUUGAAGAUGGCGUUUAUUGUCGUAUCGAAAAGGAUAAAUACAAGAAUAUUUGGCGAAAGGGGCAAUCCUCCCCCGGGAACGGUUGUCGAUGAUGUUAUCACCUUGCCAGAAAGGUACGACUUCUUCAUUGUAAGCCAGUGUGUCCGUCAGGGCUCUGUCGCACCGACUAGUUACAACGUCAUCGAGGACACGAUGGGACUUCCUCCAGACCGCAUGCAAAUCUUAACCUAUAAGUUGUGCCAUAUGUAUUAUAACUGGAGCGGAACGGUUCGUGUGCCGGCUCCCUGCCAGUACGCCCACAAAUUGGCGUUCUUGGUCGCCCAGAGCUUGCACAGACCGGCACAUAGGGCACUGGAAAAUGUCCUCUAUUACUUGUAAACUGCGCUUUUGUUGGACGACUAUCGUUUUCUGUUUUCAUUCCUGUUAGUGGAUUUUUUUUUAAAUCAUAACAUGACAUGUUAUUUAGUUAUCUUUUAUGCAACAUAAAGUCUUUUUACAAAAAUUAAAAAGUUUUUUAAAAUAGUUAUUUCUACAAAAAAAAAAAAGUAUUUUUAUACAUCAGGAGUUUGUCGUUGCAUUUACCGAAUGCAUUUGCAAAUUACUGGUCCUAAACUUAAAUUUUACACAAAUGUUGGCUUCAACUAAAUUUAAUGUUUAUAAUGUAGGAGUUUAUAGUUAGAUAAGUGAGAAUUUCGAUGACUCGAAUUUAAAAGUCUCAUUAUGGAACAGACGCGGUAGCAGUUGUAUGCUUCAUUUAAUAGCGUACGACCAUUACUUUUCAUUAAAACUUAGAUUACUUUGUUAUGUUUGUUCGUGUAGGACAGUUGAGUAUGAUCAUUUUUAAGUGGUUUAGUUUCUCCUAAACCAUACGUUUUAUAUAAAUAAGAGUUAUUUUUAUAAUUUUUUCAAUAAAAUUUUAAAAGGCAUGUC